AUGGCACCAAAGGCGGUCCUUACUGGGCAUAACAAGAAGCAGAAAGAAGCAGCGCGCAAGCGAGGCCCCAGUCUGAAAAGCAAGACUCGAAAGCUAGGCUUGAAAGCCAACAUACGUACAGCCGUUUUCUAUGAGGAUCCAACCCAUGGCAUCUGGCACAUGGCAAGUCAUUGUCCCACGGGCAAGACCCUACCAGAUCUAAAUGCACUACUCGCCGAAUACCAGAGAACCAAGAAAGAACCUCGAGUGCGACCCGGCAUCGACAUAGAACCCGGAUGUCGACGCUCCGGUAGUCCGCGUCCGACUCGCCCAAUGCGUCCGAGGCAGCAGUCCCGGCGUACCAAAAGCAUGCAACGACCUGAUGGAGCGCAGCUCGCACACACUGCCCCUGAAAAUGUCUACGAUGUGCCUGACGAUGACGGCGGCCGAGUACUAUCGGAGUCUGCCUCUGGGGAAGCGAGCAGUGUCGAAUAUGAUACGGGCGGCCAAACCUCGGACGGCGCGGCGGAUGCGGGAGUUACAGACAAUGAGCACGAGUCAAACAGCGCGGUGGGCGAGAGAAGCACGGAAGCAUUGCUGCCCGUCGCGAAAGGGGACCAUGUGGACAGCGUAGAAGACAUGCCCUCCAUAGAAGACUCAGAGCUGCUGGGGGACACAUGGUUCAUCAACGAUAUGACCGAUUUCGGUGCAGGUAUAGAGGAAAUGGGAUCGGAUGACCUUCUCGAAGCCAUCGAGGGCAUGGAGGAAGGCACCUUUAGCGAUAUGCCCAUGAUCGAUCAAAUGCUCCAACUGCAACUUGUAGAUCAGGCCGGGACCCCACCCCAGCCAGCGCGGGAAGAAAGCCAAGCGAAGGGAUCUCCGAAGCCGAACAGCUUGGCAGACUCUCAUGCUAGGCGUUUAAGCCUAGCUAGAGCGGAGGCCGAGGCCUGGACCUACUGGGCCCGGCACACUAGACCCUUACUUUGGGGAUGGUGA